CGUCCCUCCCCCCUUUGUCACUACUCUUUAGGAGUUUGAACUGAUCACCGCCAUUUCGGUCGGCCUUCCGCGGCUGUACGCGGCCUCCCAGCGCGCCUUCCUGGGAUUGAGGAGACCUCGGCAGCGUCCCCACGUCGCAUUCCUGCCCAAUGCCGACACGCGCUAUGGGGACGUCGGCAUUGUGGGAGUCACGAACUCUCCGACGUCAGUGCGCAGAAAAUCUCUGAUUUAUCUGUUACUUCGUGCGGGACUUCUUUUCCCUUUCUCUCUGCGAAAUCAUCGAUAAAAACAGGGUUAGGUCAGGUACUAACCGAUCAAUCCGGUUGAGAAGACGCUACAAUUCUUUCCUGAUAGAAACCAGGAGUCUUCUUCCGGAACUCCCGUAACGAACGGAGGAUGCGAACUAAGGAAGGGCCCAGACUUUCGGCCUUCUGCCUCGGAUUCUCGGUAUGCAGUUUGUUGUUCUUGUAAGAGCUGAUGGACUUGGUGAUCUGAUGUCUUGUUUCUAUGUCAAUCUGUAGGAUAAAAGAAUGGACUAUGAGUCUGCGAACGUCUUGUGUACCUCGGUGCUUACACUUUUCCCAUCGAGGACACACGAAUUUCGCGGUGCAAUUCACGAUAAACGUUCUUGCUCAAGAUUGAAUAUCCAGUCAGAAGUCUCGAUGGCUUUAGAACUGAGCCAUGAGAAUUUAGAGUCAGCUAAUGCAAAGAUUGGGUUCUCUUCAUGCAAGGUUCUCAGCAAAUAUCAUGGGGAUCGUGUUUCUCUGUUGAAAACGUUCUCUUAUUUAUGGAAGAUAGUUGCAAACAUUGCCACGGAACUGAAGAAGUAGAAUAAGAGUCCUGUAACAGAAUAGUCUCCGAGUACACAACGUCAGGUCCUUUUACAGGCAUUCACAAUUUACAACUUCUAUGAUAUUCUAGGAGAAAAUCACGUCGAAUUAAGAAUUUCG